CGCGCCAAAGUCGCUUGUGACGCGUUUCUGAACCAAUUAUUUUUUAAUCUGUCAUUUGAAGCAAAGGAAAUCGAUUUGAAUUCGUGGAGUGACGAUAUAUUUGAAAAGUUUUGUGAUAAAAGUGUUAUAUUUUUUUUUAUUGAACUGUUUAUUGGACUUUGUUGUGAUUAAAUUUUUUUAAAGUGCAGUGCUGUAUUAAAAAUACUGGUUGUUUGUUGACACAUACAUUUUUCUGAUGGAUACACAGCAAUGUAUCAUCGAGUGAGACGAAAAAUGAUACCUCCCAUCUGUGCCAUAUUAAUUUUAAGUCGCAUAUCUACAGCAUUACCAAAAAAUAUACAGAGCACAGAGAGUACUAAUAGUAAAAUUUCAAACGAUGAUAAUAAUAUAGAAAACAAUAUUAUAGACUUCGACGAGCAAUAUUCAGUUAAGUUCAAUACAAAAUAUGUGCCGUUUCAUUCAAAUGAGAAUUUUAAUAAAGAAUCCCAUAGAUACAUACUUAUUAAAGAUGACAAAAGUACAAAAGUUAAAUUAAAGGAUGGGAAACUUAAUGAUACUCGAGUUAAAACAUUAGUUGAUACAACAUCAGAGAUUUUUGACACUACAACAAAUGAUUAUAGUGUUAUUCCAUUAGAAUUAAUUAGUACAACAGAAAAUAAACUAUUGACUAUAGUUGAAAGUACAACAGAACCUGACUAUUCUGUUAUACCUCUGUCAACUACGAUAAAAGAUUUACCUGACAUUGUAAUCAAUCAAACUGUAACACUACCAACGUCUACUGAAAAUUCUGAAAUUGCCACAGAAGAUUUUACUGUUAACAUUGAAACCACUACUGUUAAUAAUAAAAUAAAAAUAUCUAAUGAAACGCUAAUAAAAUCUACUACUGAUUUUACUACUGUUAGUAACAAAGUAAAUGUUUUUAAUAAAACUACUAUAAAACCAGAAUCAUCUACAGCAGUUCCCGUUACAACAGAAAUAAUUGAUACGACUGUAAUACAGAAUGACAUGUCAACUGAAGUUCUUAAUACGAAUUCAACCAGAAAAAUCGAGACUUUAGCAGAGAGGGACAUAAACAGUUCAGAGGAGGAAAUAGAUGUGCCAAUUUUUACAGAACUCGACGCAGAAGACGAUCAAGAGGUACCAGAAGAUUACUAUGAUUCUAAAGAUGUAGUACCCACUACGGCGCCAAAGACUGAUGCUUUGUCAGUGCUAAUGGGACUCGCUGGUAGUGUGGUGGAGAGCGUUGUGGAAAGUGUGGCGGAGAGAGUUGUACCCAAGAGUAUUUACGAUCUAUUUAAAAGGAUGCAGAGGCAGAAUGAAGCGUUGGAGGCGGAGAGGUUGAGGAGUCGCGAAGAGAAUGGGGGAUUGGGUCAAUUUACUCGCGGUAUCCUCAAGACUAUCUCAUCAGGCAUCAGCAAACCACUCAGCCAACUGAUGGCCGGUGUCAGGGACUUCGGGUCCUUGGACAGUGACCGAGGGUUUGUGGGCAGUUUGGCAUCAGGGGUCACUAGUGUUGCCAACGUGGCGACCUCCGUGGUUGACGCCUUCAAGGAUAGAGUACAAGCUAUAUAUCCAGGAACAGUGUGGUGUGGUGACGGCCACUCGGCCACCGCUCGCUCCGGAGAUCUUGGACUAUUCUUCUUCACGGACACGUGCUGCCGGCAGCACGACGCCUGCAAGAUCUAUAUAAAGGCUGGUGAAACCAAAUAUGGGCUCACCAACACUGGACUCUUCACCAGAUCGCACUGUAGCUGUGACGUCAAAUUCCGCGAGUGUCUCCGGCGCACCAACUCCCUGGUCUCCGCCCAAAUAGGUCUCACAUACUUUAACGUGCUAGGCCCGCAGUGUUUCAGGCGCGCCCAUCCCAUAGUCAGGUGCCUCAGGAGGACCAGGAUAACUGGACAGAAGUGUGAGGAAUACGAGCUGGACUUCACCAAACCGAAGAUGUGGCAGUGGUUCGAUAACGAAACAUUCUGAGGGUUCAGUCCGAGGGAUGGUAGGUGACGACGGAGAUAGGCCAGUUGACCCAUCGUGACAGAUUCGGUAGGAAUUAACCACGAUGGUGUCCUGCAAGACAGCAAGGAGUAUUUGAGGGUGUAUUGCUAGCAAUGGCGCUGUUAGCUCCUGUUACUAAUCUCUAUCAACCAGGGGAUGGCGUGGGGGAUCAAUCAUGGAGUACAAACCGUGGUACCUACUAACCUUCUGUAUCAGCAGAUAUACACCAACUAGGCAUGAACAUUACCGGUACAGCUGCGAUAACUAUAUAUUGGGUUUCUCUGAAAAUAGACAGCGGAAAAAAGGUCGUUGCCCAUUUUAAUAUUGCCGGUCAAGUCGAGAAUUCAUUUCGAUAUAUAUCGAAUAAUCGAUAUUUUGCCGUGUGGUCUCGGUAUAGAAUGGGCCACCCCUUCCUUUUCCAUGGAUAUCAUAAGAGAUGACUAAGGGAACUUAAUGGGCAAGGGAUAAGCAGCGUCUCUUUAAUAAUCACCAAAACUGCUGAUAUAUAUAUAUAUAUAUAUAUAUAUAUAUAUAUAUA